AUGAAUUGUUAUAAAGAAAAGAGUGGGCAUAUUUAUCAACAUCAUUUCAAAAAAAAAGUUUUAGCACAUUUAGCUCCUAUUUUAUGUAUUAUUAAUACUCAAGAAAAAUCUGGUACUACAUCAUCAACACUACUAUCAGUACAAAAUAUAAAAAAUGAAGUAUCUUCUUUAUUUAAUAAUUCUAUUUUAGCUAUAGUCGUGCUUGCGCCAACAGGAGUCGUAGCAUUCAACAUCAACGGGGGAACGAUACAUUCAAAGUUAUCAAUACCAAUAAUUAAUGACGCAAAACGUCAGGACGAACGGUUAAAGCAACUACAGAAUAGUUUAAAAGAAGUGAGAUAUGUAAUAAUCGAUGAGAUAACAAAUUUUGUGACAAUGGCCACCAUUAAACCUAUAGAAUUAUCGGAAGCCGCUGAUUUUACAUCAGACUUCCAAAGCAGUAUCCUUGCGUCACGAGCACUAAGAGAUCGCCCAGCUGAUUCACCUACAACUAGUACCGUUGUGAGGUUAGAAUUAUCAGAAGCCGCUGAUUUUACAUCAGGCUUCCAAAGCAGAAUCCUUGGUGCACCGCCACUGCGUGCCAUCCAACGAACAACAAGAAAAGACGACGAAGGUUUUGGAAUUGAAGAAUAUUGCAUACUUCAUUACUGGAGUACACAACGAACAGACUUUUAUCGUAUGAUCCAUUCCGGAAGAUGCCAAGAAGUCUCCGAAUAG